GUAGAGUAUUUAAUAGUGAUCUGUGGACUUGUACACUGCUAGUCUCCUUAUUCAAAUGUGUCCAACAACUAUAAUCAUGAAUGCAUUUGUGCACAUCCAAGCAUUUAUAAAAAGAGGUGCUGACCAAUAUAAGGCAUUUUGUACACUAAAGAAUGUCUCCACAAACAAAGUCAUAAAACAGUUCUUAGUAACUGUGUGACCCUGAGGAAGUCAUUUAACCUCCUUGUGCUCCGUCUUUCGGGUGAGACGUUGUUAUAAGUGACUUUGCAACUGAUCCAUAGAUCACACCGUAGUCUCUGUAAGUUGCUUGGAUAAAGGAGUCUGCUAAAUAAACAAUUAAUCAUCCAUGUAUACCUUGUUUAAUUGUUGAUGUUUGUGGAGUUGGGACUGGUCGCACACUCAAAAAAGCUCUUCUAUAUUUUUGUAGAAAUGACCACUGAUGUUGUGCAGAAGCAUAUUCUUACAUUUAAUUUGCUUUUGAUUCAACCAGAACAAAGUAAAAACACAUCCAGUCAUACUGUGUCACACAUUUAACCUUAUGAACCAAAUAUAAUCUUCCAUACUGGGUUCUGUUCCUUUUAAACGUAUGACUAUAGACUUUUUAAAUAUAGGAUAUUCUGUUAAAAUAAAAGGAUUGAUGCUGUGUAAUUAAUUACACAAAGCAGGGCCCAGUAUUAGUUUGUGCUUAAUUACACCAGUUGUAAAUCUUCCAGUUUUAUUGCGUAUGUGAAGAAUAACUUUAUAAUUUUUAAUAAAUAAACAGGACAUUAAAACCAAUAACGAAUAAUGUCAAUGUUGUCAGAAGUUUCAAAGAGUUAAUGUUAUUGAUACAAAAGACACAGAGUCUAGUUCUGAUUAGGAGCUGUAGUGGAAUCAUGAGGCAUUGUUAAGAUGCUGGUUUGUAAGAAAUCAAUUUACUGGAGGUUUUCAUUAGUUAAACCCAUGUAGCUGAUGCCUUUCCCUAAUUGCCUUUAUCAGAAGACAUAGAGAACAAGAAGGAAUACAAUAAAAUUGGAACAUUCACUGACUAUCAACUUACUUUUUCAUAACUCGCACACAGUACCUGCAUUAAAUUAUAUGUUAUCAGCUAAACAGAAUGGUGCACUUACAAUCACAUCCUCUCUAAGUCCCUUUAUUAAUUUAAGUAGAUGCUGUGAUUUUCAUAAAAUAUCAGUGUGUUGAUGCUGUAACUUGCAUUGGGCAUUGUGUGUAUGAUUAUGGAGAUUCAUUGAACAUCCCUUGUAUAACAGGCAUCUAUUUAUAAUGUGCUACUCACAUUAGACGUGCUCCUCUCAUAAACUGUGUUCCUCUGAUGUGAUAAAUGCAGAGAGAUAAUGCAAAACAGAAUACUUAGUAGGAUCAAUCAUACUUUAAACUGUGAUUAAAUAUAUGAUCGUAUUAAUUUAUCAAUUAAGCAUAAACUGUACACUUAUAAUAAUGCCAACAAUCUCAAUAUGAAACCAUUGGUUUUAGUUUUAGUUUUUAUCAAAAUUAAAUAAAAGCUCAACUGUAACAUCAGCUUUUGUAGACAGGCGCAAGAAAAAUGUGUUAGUGUUCAUAUAGGUUGCGAAUUAUGAUACACAUGUAAUCUACACUCAAGUAUACCACACGCCUUGUAAAUAACACACACCUUGUGUAUAGUGCACCACAACCUUUUGCACAGAUAAAUGCUUAUAAACAAUGUAUCUUCCAACAGUUUGUCCUUUAAUGUAAAUAAAGUUGUCUGAAUUUUAAAGAAUUAUAUUGAAGAAAACACUUGUCACUUGUAAAUAUGGAUGUGAAGAGGAGAAGAUUAAAGACUAUUAAGGUGUAGAUAACAGAAAAAGUAAUCGACAUUAAAAAUGAAUUCCUCACAUGCUGGGUACAUCUGAUCUACAGUUUAAAAUUCAGCAUUGAUAUAAAGCAAUAUCAAAAAUCAUUAUGUACAGCAUAUCGUGUUAAAAUUAAUGACUCAGCAAAACUUACAUUCCAUCUGUUCAACAAACAGUUAAUUAUUGAUCAUGUUUUCUGUACACACAGACUCUUUUUGGUGAAAUUUGGGCAUGAUCUAACAUGGCGGUGCCCUGCCUCUUUCCAAACUGUGCUCAUUAUUUGGCAAGCACUUUUAUUGACUCUUGUUAUUCUUAUGUGAGAAGUUGAGAGAAGGGGAAGAAGGCUUUCUCUCAUUUGGAAUUCAUUUAUCCUGCACUGCUCUCUCCAUCAUGAAGAUGACUAAAGCUUUCAAAAAUACUUUGCUGACCUUGUCCUUCCUUGUUUUGAUUGAGAAAAAUGUGUCCUUUACAGUUGUCCCUCCCUAUAAGUCAGGAGUUGUAUAUGAGUACCUCUAUACACUGGACAUUUUACUGGAACCUGCCUCUGGUUCUGGCAUCCUAAGAUCUGGGUUCGGGAUAGAAGCUCUAAUUCAGAUACACUCACUCUGGAGAAACAGCACUAACAAGCUGGAUCAGCUAAUACAAAUCCAAUUUCAAGACAUCAAGGUUCUAAAAAAUGUAAAACGUGAAGACAAUCAAUAUAUCUUUGAAGACUCAUCUGUGGAAGGGUUACUCGGACAAGACACUGUAAUUCAAUUAAGAAAACCAGUUCUGUUUCAAUCUGUUUUGGGCAAGAUUGUAAGAAUGUUUGGAGCUAAUGAAAACAAUGGGACCGUUUUGAAUAUGAAAAGAGGCCUGGUCAGCAUGUUCCAGUUCCAGCAACAUUCUGGGUCUAUAAUAGAGAAUGAUGUAUCUGGUAAAUGCAGUGUGACGUAUGCAGUUUCUCAGAACCAGGUGCUAAAGUUAAAGAACCUCCAGAGCUGUGAAAAUCCGACUUUUGGUCAUACGUCUGCAAACAAGGUCUUUGGAGUGAACUGGCAGGGUAUCAUUAAAAGUGUCUACUCAGUAGAAAACAGCCUCAUCAAAUCUGUAGUAUCUGAGGAAACUCAUGUUAUUAGUCUGAAUCUGCAGUCUACUGUUGGCUCAAAGAUCACCUCAAGACAACAGCUAGAGUUGUUAACAACACACACAGGAGCUGCUGAGUUUUCAGGACCACGCUUUGAGGAAAUAUUGACUGCUCUUCAAGGAAGUUACAUCCCAAUAGAUCUCAAUGCUGGUCCUUUGAAGAAGAAACCUUGCACAAACUGUCCAUCGGUUACAGACUACAUGAAGACUUUAAGGAAAAAAAGAUUGGAAAUGUAUAAUGUAUCAACAGUGAAGAACUUUCUGAAGAUGGUCAGAUUGCUACGAGAGGCAGAGAAGAAAGAAAUUAUUCACUUGCUCAGAAAAGCAGAGGAUAGUGUAAUCCCCUUCAUUAUAGAUGCUGCUACUGCGGCCCAGACCCCAGCCUCCCUUGGUGCUCUUACCAGCUACCUGAAAUUCACUGAUGAGAAGCAGAGUCCCCUCUUAAAGAAGUUUCUGUAUGCCUGUGCCUUUUCUUCUCACCCAACAAAAGAUUUAUUGAACACUUUAACAAAUGUACUGAAAGGUGAAAUUACUGAAAAAGAAAUACAAGAGAUUGCCAUUAUAGCAUUGGGAGGAGUACUGGGCAAAAUGUGUGCAAUGGAUUUAUGCAAAUUACAGGAGGUGGAGUUAGCUAAAAACCUAAUUUUGGAAAGGCUGAUAAACACGGAUGAAGUAUCUGAGAUUAAGACAUAUCUUUUAGCACUGAAGAGUGCUCUUCUGCCUGAAACUAUUCCACUUUUUCUUCAGUACACAGAGAAACCCAGCACUGUUUCUGCAAUUGCUCUGUCAGCACUGCAAAGGUUUCCAUCAGCACACAUUGAUAAUAAGGUUAAAGAUCAGAUGAGAAGGAUUUUUCAUCAGAGAGGGAAGAGCUUUGGUGAAACUGUUCGACUCGCUGCUGCAGACAUUCUACUCAACAACAUUCCCCAACAUGUGGACAUAAGAAAUAUCAUAUUGGCUAUUGGGAAAGAAGGACCAGAGGUGUCCAAAUAUUUAGCAUCAAAAAUUCAGAGUAUUCUACAUUCUGACCAUGUGGCAAAGAAUGUCAUUCUUCAAGUCUUGGAAGAUCCAAUGUUAAAUAACUACAAUCAUCUCUCGAGAAUUGGAAGUUCUUCCACAUACUCUGGGUAUUUCACAGCUACUAAGGAUAUGGUUUCACCCUACCACCUGGACUUCCUUUUCUCAGAAAAUGGAUUCUUAAGGCAAAUUAACAGUAAUUUCUUUACACACAGCCAUGGGAAUCAAAUGCAUUCUUUACAGGUAUCUAUUGAAGCAAAGGGCCUCCAGUCUUUUUUUGGAGGAGACACGGAGGAGGAAGAGGAAGAGGAAGCCAUGGCAGGAAUGUCAGCCAUGUUGUUUAAUGUCCAGCUCCGUCCAGUAGUGUUCUUUCAAGGUUAUAGUGACUUGAUGGAGAAAUUCUGGGCGGCCACUGGAGAGCCAGAAAAUAUAGUUAAGGGAACUAUCCUGAUAAUUGAUCAUCUACAGGCCAUUUCGCUUCAGUCUGGGCUACAGACACUGAUCGAGUUUCAAGGGGCAAUUAGCAUAGACAUAUCAGGGAGUAUUGAGAUAAGUCUGCUCAGCCAAGAGUCCAAAAGUACUGUAACAAACAGGGGUGCCAUGGUUAUUGGUAGUAGAACACAAAUUGAUGCUUCCUUCAUACAAGCAGUUGUGGAAACCAAAGUAGAAGCUACAAACGCAUUCAUUUUUGGCAAUACUGUAAACUUCUCAGAGUUUCCAGUUUUGUAUUGUUUACAACUGAAAAAGGAGUCUUUCCCUUACAGGGAGACCUUUUUAGUUUAUGAAUCUUUUGCUGAUGGAAAGAAUUUCACAUUGCAAAAGGGAAGAAAAUUCAAUGUCCAAGGAGGAGAAGCAUCAUUGAACCAGGACAACUCGAACAUGUGUAAAAAGUUGCUUGGAGACACUGACACAACGGCUUAGGAGAAGUGAUGAGUCCAUCACCCAGAAUUAACAGAAUUUUGCUUAUUCUGAAUGUGUAAGCAAAUAGUGAAAAAAGCUUAAAGAUGGGCUGAUAAUUUGAUAUACAAAGGGACUCCAAACACAUUUCUCAUAUACAUCUGCAUUCAGAUGUAAACAAGAUUCUGAAUGUUAACCAGUUGGCGAGCACACUAUUAUAAUUUUUUUAAAGUGGUACUUUUUGUGGGGGUCUUAGAUCACCCUGUCACUAAUAAUGCAGAACAAUCAGCAACUUAAUUUAUAAUUUAAUAAAAAUCAAGCAAAUUAGCUUGUUUUUGACAUUAGAAAAACACAUGUAUGUAAUGUAAUAUUUUUAGCCCCACUAAAAUAUACAGUGAAACAAUA